UUUAGACAGGAGAUAAGUUUUAUUCACACAGAUAGUGAAGACGUGUUCAUGGGUCACAGAGAUAGGGACAGCAAGGGUCAUCUCUUGACUUCUAUGAACUCAGUUCACUUUUGUUAAGCCACUAUUGUACACCAUGAAAUUCGCAGAUGUUAAUUAUAUACAAAUACUAAUGCAUAAAUUAAAGGAAAUUAUAUUUCUAUUUUUCCUGUUUUGUAAUAGUCAUGUUACAAAUAGUAUAUUUCAAUCAGGAAAAGAAUAUGUAUAUUCUUACAAUGCACUUUCAAGUUCUGGUGUUUUAUUACCAUCUGGUGCAUCAUCUUCAUGGGGUUUUAAUGGGAAACUUAAAAUUCAAGCAGAACAAGAUAUUGCUACAAUGCAGUUGGAAUCAUUAAAAAUGACUAUUUGGAAUGGUAAAAUUCAAGAACAAGGAAAAAAUCAAGAUAUUCCUGAAGAUGUGACUGAUCUUCUAAAACCAUUUCAAAUUAUAUAUAGAAAUGGUCUUAUUGAAAAUUUUACUACAGAAGCAAUAUCACCAUGGUCUGUAAAUAUAAAAAGAAGUAUAGCAGGAAUUUUACAAUUAGAUCUGUCUAACUUAGAGAAGGAAACAGCAUUUCAUUCAACUGAAAAAAAUCAUUAUGGUCAAUGCAAUAUUGAAUAUGUUGUUAAUCCUGAACAAAAAAAUGAGUGGUUAAUUAGAAAAUUUUUUGAUCCACGAACUUGUAUUGGACAUCCUCAUUACACUUGGUCAAAUGUUCCCAAUAUGUUAUGUCCUAAUGGAGAUCAAAAUCCAAUAUUGAAGUCCAGUGAAAGAUUAUACAAAACUAAAGUAAAUGGAUCUUUAAAUGAGAUUUUAUUUGUUAAUGCUUCUGGAGGCAUUUAUAUUCAACCUUUCCAAAAUUUUGGAGAAGCACAUUUUCAUUUUACAAGACAAAUUUUUAAAUUAAUUUCGGUGAAAGAAACAGUAGAUAAGAUAUCUAUUAAAGAUUUAUAUUUCAAAGUUCUACAACAUGAACUCCCAGAAGUUGAUCUCACUCAAGGCAGAGGUAUUUUUGACAAAAAUACUGUUUUUACCUCUAUAGGAACUUUAUUAGAUCGAUUAAGUUUGAGACUUGAAAAUCCUGGUUUGGAUAUAGAGACAAAUAAUUUACAUAAUACAACAAUAACUGUAUUACUCUACUAUCUUGGAAUGUUAGAUGUUAUUGACUUACGCAAUGCAUACACAAAAAUCUCAGGAACAAGUUAUAAAGAAGAAACAGUACGAAAUAUGUUUCUUGAAGCUCUCCCACAAGUUGGUACUAAAGAAGCUGCAUUGUUUAUAUUAGAAUUAAUCCAAGAUAAAAAAGUUUCGGAUAUGUCCGCAAUUCAACUUCUCACUCAGUUGCCAUUUCAUAUACGAAAACCUGACAUUCAAUUAUUAAUAAAUUUACAAACGUUUCUAAAUUUGCCAGAAAAGGUUUCUGUUGAAGUUCAAAACACCGCUAUUCUUACAUACGGCACCUUGAUUUAUAAGACUUGUUUAUUAUAUUGUCCAUAUGAGAUGUUAGAUGAUUACGUACGCUUGUAUCUUGAUAAAUUUACAGAGAAUAGGGAAUAUGAAAAAAAAAUGAUUUGGCUAGAAGGAUUAGCAAAUAUACAGCUAGGAAGAGUAGUUGAAUUUUUAGAACCUAUUGCAAGUGGUAAUAAUGCAGAAUCACGUCAUUUUCGUGUUCUUGCUGCAUGGGCAUCACUUUCAACUGCUCCUUUAAGGCCUGAUGUUAUAUAUCGUGUCUAUUAUCCAAUUUUAAUAAAUAGGACUGAGCAUUUAGAAAUGAGGGUAGCAGCAUUGACACUACUUAUUGUUUCUAGUCCUACACCAAGCAGAUUAAUAUCAUUAUAUUGGUACAUGCAAAGUGAAUCCAGUCAACAUUUAUAUAAUUAUUUUUAUACUAUUUUGAAAUCUAUACAACGUACUACUCAUCCUUGUUACAUUCAUAUAGGUACGAUAGCUGCACAAUUUACACGAGUACUUCGUCCAACUACAAAUCCAUAUUUAAUUACUGGUAACUAUUUAUUUGACUAUCAGGAUACAUAUAGAAAAUUUGGUGCUAUGAUACAUGGUAUUGUUAUUGCUAAUCCUUUAACAAACAUACCUGAAGUUUUAUACGUAACUAUAAAUACUUAUGGAAAUGGAAUCAAUAUGAAUCAUGUAUCUUUAUAUAUUAAAGCUGAAGGUCUUCUACAUUCAUUAUCAACACAUCUAGAUGGUCCAACACAAGUAAAGGAUAUAUUAAAACAAUUUAAGUUAGAUCAAAAGCAAAAUGGACCUGUACAUUUAGAAGUAAUUGCACGUAUUCAAGAAAAAACAGUUUUAUGUCUUCAUCUUAAUGAAACAAACAUUAUUAAAGGAUUUAAAUAUUUGUCUUCCUUAUCUGAUAAUAUAUAUCAUAUAUAUCAAAAUAUGGAGUUUCAUGUUAAUCAACAACGUAUUAAUGUUCCAUUAACAAUGGAAUCAAUCCAAGUUACAGAUCUAGGAGCAAAUGUUAGACUUGCAGUUAUUACAACAUCAUUAUUUUCUAUGAGAGGGAAUUUUACAUAUAUUUCAGUUGGUCGUAAUAAUCACGUUAUAUUACGAACAUCUAUUCAUAAGUCGGAAAUAAUAGAAAGUUAUAAUCCUUUAAUUGAUACAUGGCAUAGUGCAGAAAGGGCACAUUCUAUUCAUGGAUAUCUUCCAAUUAAUAUUACAGUUGGAUUUAAAGAUCGUCCAUUCAUUUCGUAUAACACUCCUGGAGAACAUCUUAAAAUAGGCAUCACAGCUCAUGCCAGAACAUCCACUAAUAUAAAAGGAUUAAAUAUUAAAGCAAAAUUACAUCAAAUUUGUCCUACUUGUUCUCAAUUAUAUUUAGUUACAAAAUCACCAACAUACAAACCAAAAACUGUAGAUCUAUUUCAAAUUGAAUUAUCAGAAUUGGGUGGUCAAAUAUACGUAAAACUUUUUGACUGUGAAAAUGUAAUACCACGAGAAAAAUUAAUUCGAGAUGUGUUUUCUUCACAUCGAGCUAACUAUCCUAUUUGGCCAUUUCUGGAGUUUGCUUUAACAGCUCUUCAUUUCUUAGAUUACUGCACAUAUGUGCCACCAAAAGGUAGUUGUGGUUUAGCUGCAUAUAUUAGUACAAUUGAUGCCCAACGUACUCAAGUAAAAUUUGAAUAUAUUAAAACUCCAAGUCAUCAUGUGCUGUCUUUAACACAUCUCAAUACAGAGUCAUCACAAAUUCUUCAGCAGUGGAACAUAGCUGCACUUUACGAGAUUACCAGUUGGAUGUCUGAUAUGAUUAAAAUUAAAGCAACUAAAAUUAUACCAGGUCGAAAGAUUUUAAAGUUUUGUCUAGAAGCAGAAAAAGAAGUACCUUGGGAAUGGAAUUUUUUGAGUACUAAGCCAAGUGAUUCUGCUAGAAUUGCAUUAAAUGUUGUUUGGGGAUAUUCUGAUACAGCAAAAGGCAAAUGUAGUGGAUCUUCAGUUACAUUAGAUUUACUUGGUGAAAUUAGUAAAGAUCAAUUAAAAAAUGCAAAAGAAUCACAAUGGCCUUAUGAAGAAUGUCGAAAACAAUCUAAAGGAAAACGUUUUACCCCAUUCUCUGAUGCCUGUUAUGAAGCUUCAAGAGAAUUAUCGACCUUGAGAAGAUAUCAAAUUGUUGCACAACAUGAAAAUAUGCCACAAAACUUGAUAAAUUUAGCUUGGAAAUUUCGAGCCUUCUAUGAUCUAAUUGGUGGAAAUAGUAGUUCAGAUUCUAGUUCUAAGAAAUUUAUUGUGACAGCAACAUUUCCAAAAGAAUUAGAUAUUGGUGAAUUAUCACUUAAUAAUGACAAAAUAGCGAUUGAAUAUAAUUAUGAUAUCAUAGAUUACUUUUUAACUCGAACCAGAAUUCAUAAAUACAUGGAUCUAUCAAUAUUUAAGGCUUUUUUUGGCACAUGUGUUGUAACACCAGAUAAUAUAAGAUCAAUUCACAAUGUUACUUAUCCUUUUCACAAUAAACCUGAAGUUCUGUUGCUUGGUCAGUGUUAUAGUGAAAAUCCAAAAUAUGCAUUCACAGCACGAAAUGAUUUACAUGGUGUUAGUAUCAAGAUAUAUGAUGAAAUAGAUACAGUACAAAUUGUACCUAAUCAAACUGGAGGAGCAGUAUACAAUAAUACAAUACAUAUUCCAUUACCACAAAGUUUUAUGUUUCAUUCAUUAGGUUCAAAGAGAGUAAGAUUGGACAGUAAUACUAUUGAUAUUAUAAUUCCUAAUCUUUAUUUAUACAUGCAUUGGACACAAGAACAAAUCCUUCUAUUCUUUCCAACGUAUCUAUUAGAAUUUAGCUGUGGUAUAUGUGCAUUAGACACCUUUGAUACUAAUAAUUUAUAUGAGAAACUAUUUUAUUUAUAAAAAUUGAUUUAAUAUAAAAAAUUACUUAAUGUGA